UUCACUCGAAUAGGUGUGAUGUUCUUCGAUGCAUUCCAGCACUAGUGCCGAGGUGCAAUCCGCUGCAAUCGAAAGUUACGUUUUAGUCGUUCAAAAUGUUGAACACAUUCUCCGUCCUUUCGCCGCACUUAAAGUUUAAGAACAAGUUUGUUUCGAUUAACAAUCUUGCGUUUAAAUUUCACUAUCGCGUCACGUUUACGAUUUUGCUGGUUUGUACACUGCUCGUCACCUCAAGACAAUACAUUGGAGAGCACAUCCGAUGCAUCACCGGAGGUUCGAUUCCGGAGCACGUAAUCAACACGUUUUGCUUCUUCACGACCACCUUCACGGUGGUAAACCACUUCAAUGAAACUGCUUUGCAAGAGCAAUCCAUUCCACAUCCAGGGGUCGGACAUAUGAACCCGGAGGACACCGUGAAGCACCAUGCGUACUACCAGUGGGUCCCGUUCAUACUGUUUCUACAGGCCAUCAUGUUCUACGCGCCUCAUUACGUCUGGAGAACCAUGGAAGGGGGAAAGAUUAAAAACCUCGUGGACGGCUUACGAAUGGUCGAGAUUUCCAGAUAUUACAACGAGGACAAAAAUAUCACCUUUCCUUCAAAGUACACCCUUUAUUCCCGCUCGGAACUGGACCGGAAAAUCGGCAUCGUUCAAGGCGCCUUUCGCAAACAUUUGCGGAUCAACCACAUGUGGGCUUCGAAGCACGUGUUUUGCGAGACCCUUAAUCUGGUCAACGUGCUGGCGCAAGUCUACUUCACCAACUACUUCCUCGGUGGACGAUUCUACCACCUGGGGUUCGACUUUCUCGAGGAAGACUUCACCGGUACGAUGGACGUUCUGGACACGGUCUUCCCCAAGGUGACCAAGUGUCACUUCCACAAAUACGGACCCUCGGGAACGAUCCAAAAGCACGAUGCCCUCUGCGUUAUGGCUCUGAACGUGAUCAACGAGAAGAUAUUCACGUUUCUUUGGUUUUGGUACGCAAUUCUGAUCGCAAUAUCAAUCCUCGCCCUGCUAUGGCGAUUGAUCACGUUUUAUUUGCAUGGAAGAUCAACGAAAUUCAACGAACUGGUGUUUUCGUUCGCGUGGCCUGGCACCCUCGAUUUUCACGGAAUUCGUGCAAUCACGACAAACUUCUCCUUCUCCGAUUGGCUCUUUCUGUACUACUUGGCGCGCAACAUGGAUCGGCAAAUUUUCGUUGCGCUGUUCAGGGGGAUCGUAAGCGGCACGACGACGGAGCUGGAUUCGCCCAAAUCGAUCCAGUCCGACGAGGAGGAGGACUUUGCCGCGAAGAGCACCCCGGCUGCGUCCCAGCUGCUGGUGGUGGAGGUGCCGGAAAAUGGCGAGGAUAAAAUGGGGUGAAGUGGCAGGUGGGAAUAAUUGAAUAAGUGAAUAGUU